CAAUAACCUCCCUUUAGCACUGUUUCAUAAUUUUUCCUCUCUCUCUCUUCUCUCUCUUUCUUUCCCUCUUCUCCCAUUCCUUCCCAAAGAAGGGAGAAGGAAUCCUCGAAUGCGGAGCUCUCCUUCUCCUCUCUCCUCCAAUUAGGGCUCUUGGAUCUCCUAACCGUCUUUUUAUCGGAAUUUUUUGAUCGAUUUGAAGAGUUUUGGUGGGGAAUUGAUUCGAUCGGGAGGGAUGCUGGACGUGUCGAGGGUUCAGAAGGAGCUGGUGGAGUGCAACCGGGACAAGGCCAUCUCCGGUGUCAACAUCACCCUCCAUGACGGCGGGAGCGACCUCUCCCACCUCUCCGGCACCAUCACCGGUCCAGUCGGCACCCCCUACGAGGGCGGCACCUUCCGGAUCGACAUCCGCCUGUCGAGGGAGAUAUACAGCAAAGACUGCACAAAUCUGAAAGAAUGGAAUUGGAGUAGAUUGACAUUUGUGGAGGUCCUCCCCAGCAUGGGAAAAUGCACAGAGCAAGAACUAUGUGCCUAUCCCUUUGAGCCUCCUAAAAUGCAGUUCAUAACAAAAGUUUGGCACCCCAACAUUAGCAGUCAAAAUGGAGCAAUUUGCUUGGACAUUUUGAAAGAUCAAUGGAGCCCUGCCCUCACUUUGAAAACUGCAUUGCUCUCGCUGCAAGCUCUGCUGUCAGCACCCGAACCUGAUGACCCCCAGGAUGCUGUUGUUGCGCAGCAGUACCUGCGUCAGUACCCAACUUUUGUUGCUACAGCUCGCUACUGGACAGAGGCCUUUGCCAAAAGGACAUUAGUUGGAAUUGAAGAGAAGGUGCAGAAGCUGGUGGAAAUGGGUUUCUCUGAGGAUUUAGUGAGGAACACACUGGAGAGUGUAAAUGGUGAUGAGAACUUGGCUCUUGAAAAGCUAUGCUCAGGCUGAAGCCCAUGCUUCCCAGUUCAAGGUGUAAUAUUUUUUAAAUCCAUCCAGACAUAUCAUCUUCUCCCAUCAUCUUUAUUCAGGUUAGCUUCUUAGUUACAGUUUGACAUGAAAGAGGUUACUCGUGCACAUGUAACAGACAUGCUUUCUCAUUAACAAGUUUCUUACCAUAAUUUUUCGCUUA